AUGAGUUCCUAUUUUGUUAACUCAACUUUUCCCGUGUCUCUACCGGGAGGACAGGACUCUCUCCUGGGUCAGAUACCGUUAUAUUCCUCCGGAUACACCACCGAUCCGUUAAGACACUACUCCUCCACCGCGGCCACAUAUGGAGCAGCAGCAGCAGCAGCAGCUCACAGCAUGCAGGAGAAGGUUUACCCGGCGUCCUACUACCAGCAGACGGGCUCAGCUGCAGCUCUCUACGGGGGAAGAGCUGCAGGAGGAGCACACUGCGACUACAACCCGGUGGGCACUUUCUACAAGGACUCGGAGGGCUCCUGCUCUUUCUCCAGCAGAGACGAGCAGCAGCUGUUUGUCUCUCAGGAGCAGCGCAAAGCGGAGUGUCCGGAGCAGACUGUCAGUAUGAGCAGCAGCAUCAUAGAGGACAAGACAUCCACUCUCAUCUACCCGUGGAUGCAGAGGAUGAAUGCAUGCUCCAACGACACACCACUACAGAUUUCGAGUGCACUCUCAGGUCCUUUUGGCAACAGUGGCCGCAGAGGAAGACAGACCUACACCCGGUACCAGACUCUGGAGCUGGAGAAGGAGUUCCACUUCAACCGGUACCUGACCAGGAGGCGCCGGAUAGAGAUCUCUCAUGCUCUGUGUCUGACCGAGAGACAGAUCAAGAUCUGGUUCCAGAACCGCAGGAUGAAGUGGAAAAAGGAGAACAAACUCCUCAAUCCUGCAAAGACACCCGAGGAGGAGGAACAGGCUGAGAAAAAAAGCUAAAAAAAAAAAAAGGACACUGGAAGAAAGAGUGUGUUUGAGUGCACACUCCUCAAAAUAAAAUGUAUUUCUGUGUAGAUAAAGUGCUGCAAAAUCCCAUGUUAGAGAGUGAUUAUUCCAGUAUCUGCACGGUGAUAAUGUCAUUAAUGCAUUAGGUUAAAACCAAGUCCUCCUCUUGUUUGUCCUUGUUGUGCGCGUGUCUUUUAUUUAGGGGACUAUAUGCAAAAAUCAGCCAAAAUGUAAAUUUAGUUUUUGACAAUGUCGUUACCUCAUUAUCUUAUUCCUACUGAGUUUUUAUUAUAAUUAUUAUUAUUAUUAUUAUUAUCAUUAAAACGAGUCCUUCACUGUGGUGUUAGUUGUUCUAUAAUCGUCUAGUUGUUUUACAGCUGUUGCCAUUAAAAAAACACUUGUACAGAUGAGAUACAUGUUAUUUAUUGUUGUGUUUCAAUGCACAUCUGGAUAUUGUGUGCAAUAUUUUUGUUUAGGA